UGGGCGAAGCGUGUGUGCGGGAGAGAGAGGCGGUACGGUGGUUGAGUCCGGUCCGACAGUCCGCGUGUUACCCCCAGCCGUAAAGCAGGGCCGCGUUUUCUCGACUUCCGGUUAUCUCGUGCCAGCCCAGACGCAGAAACAGUUCCCGAACGAAGGAGUUUCGGGUGAUACGCGAGCCCGCGCUUCGGUCAUCCCUUCGUUCCCCGCGGGAUAUCUAUAGUGAACCGGAAGUGAACGCUCGACAAAGUGAGAUCCUCGAAAUAAUCCAGAGAUCGCCCGACAAAAUUUUUUCGAUCUCGUGAAGAUUGGCGACAGAAGAACGGGAAGAUGGAAGAGGAGUGGAAGGGAGAGGGGUGGAUCCGGCCGGUGGUUUGAUCCGUCCAUUGCCGUCCAUCGGCGGGUGGAGAAGUUUUGAAGAGCUAGGGAGUUCCGCGGGACCCGGCAAAUGUGGCUUUGUGCACGGUGAGCCGGGGUUACGGGGGCCGUGGGGCCCGUGGCGGCGGGGGCAGAUCCCGUGGCGAGGCAAGCGUGAGGCUACCCCUCAGCCCUCGCACCCUGUGCGCCCCUGGGGCCGGAGGUGGCGCACAUGUCCACGUACAGGGGACUGGACCCGGAAAUAAUCCCGCCACCGAGGAGGGAUCCGGCCUUCCGGACGAGCCGAUGGUGCACGUGGAGAGGGCCGCGCAGCAAGGUACCUGGAUAUGCUGCGUGCCGUGUUACUGGCUCCGACGAAGUAAGGCCGUGCACAAGGCGCUGCUCACGUUCGCGAUGCUGCUCGUCACCAGCCUGCUCGUCACCAGUCCGGUCCUCUUCCUCAUCACCACGCUGCCCGAGGGGGAGCAGCCGCGUGAAUGCCUGCCGUUGGACGAGGCCUGUAUCAGAGAGAGGGAUGGCCAGGAGGGUUUGUGCGACUCGAAAGCCUGCGAGGAAGCCUCGAAGCGGAUGGUGGCGUUCAUGAGGAAGGGGAUGGAUCCUUGCAAGGACUUUUAUCAGUUCGCGUGCGGCGGUAUCCGCGAUCAGCAGCCGUAUCAACCUAGCUCGAGCUUCAACAUGCUCCAGGCGAAGGUUGACGAUCAUCUUCACAAGCUAAUGGCGAACAAGAGCGGUCACAUGGUGGGCGAGUUCGAGAAGUUGGGCCAGUUUUACAACGGAUGCUUGAAAUUCAGGGAGAAACCGGUGAAUUUUACACCCGUUUACGAGCUUUUACGCGAACUCGGGGGCUAUCUACCGCCGAAGAGCAUUGCACCGGCCGACAUAACACCCCUAGUUUCGAGGUUGUUGAGGGUGAACGGCGCACCCCUCUUCGACUUCUUCGUCGACGUGGAUCUUUACGACCGGUCUAGAUCGUCCGUCUUCUUGGAUCUGCCUACGAAACGUCAAGAAGACGCUUUCUUCGCGGAGAAUCCGGAAGAAGGAUUACGAUGGGCCAAGGCGUACUCGAUGAUGGAGAAGCAGGAAAAGAGGGCGGUGCACGAGGAAAGCCGAGCUUAUACCAUGAUCAAGAGUAAGAUGGAGGAGCUAAGAUCGAGAAGGAUUCACAGAAUCGUGGAGGGUUUUCUACCGAAGACUAUGGAUCCGAAGGAUCGCGCAUCGGAGAUCGAUCUGCUGUUACAAUUCUGUCUGUCUCUCAGCAAGAUAUAUCCGAAGCACAAGGAUCUGUACAAUUGGGUGGACGUGGACCAAAGGGUGUACGUGCCGUUCAACAUGUCCUAUCUCCAGGAGAGUUUCGGUUAUAUAAGGUGGGGGACGCUGCUGAACGCCACUCUAGGCGCUGCCACUGCCGAUCUUUACAAUCACAGCAGCCGCAAUCGGGAUCGUAGCCCUCACGGCUACGAGGAUCAGCUGGUCUACGUUUACGUUACCGCCCCGCGCUACUUCCGCAGCCUUGGCAAACUGCUGAAUCGCUUUUCCAGAAGGAUCAUUCACAAUGGAUUGUUGCUGCUGUACGCGACUGACACCCUGCACGACAUCGUGAACGUGACCGGGAGCAAGGACUGGAAGCUUUCUUGUUUCAAGCUGACCAAGGAGGUGUUCGGUGAAGUCGUGGGCGCUCUCUACGUGCAACAGUACACGCCUCAGUAUCUAGAAACCCUAGCGAACAGGGUGGGGGGGCUGUUCGAGCGCGUGAAAGAGACGGUAGCCGAGCGUAUUCUGGUGAAAUCUUGGCUAGACGAGGAGACGAGGACGCAGGCGUUGUUGAAGCUCAACUCGUUGCGGGGAAGAUUUCACGUGUGGCCUGGUUUCUACAACGAGAGCUUACUGGCCCGAGAAAUGGCCGAGGUGGAGAUCGAUCCAGACGACUUUUUCCACACCGUGUUGAAACGAUUCCAACAGAUUCGCACCGUCGACGACAAGGUUUUGAGGAGAAACGUGACCGAGAAGCGUCGUCAUCCCUACAGCGUGAACGCCUACUACGAAUCGUCGACGAACACGAUUGGCAUCCCACUGGCGAUGAUGACGGCCUGGUCCUGGUCCUGGGACGGUGGACCAGCGUAUGCCGCGCACGCGACUCUCGGAUCGGUGAUCGGCCACGAGAUUCUCCACGCCUUCGACCUUCAUCGACGCCGACUGCCAUUGGAUCCCGAUAUGAACGUCGAUCAAUGGCUCUGGAUCACGCCCGAGUCUUGGAAGAGGUUGGAGGCGAGGAUCGAAUGCGUGGCCAGGCUUUACGCCAGGAGUUUCUGGAGGAAGGUUCAAUUUUACGGGAACGACGUCGCUGUACAGUUUGAUUGGAACGUGACGAGGAACGAGAACGUCGCCGAUAUCGGAGCCUUGCAGAUUUCGUAUAAAACUUGGCACACUUUGACGAACGGCAAGGAUCGAAGUCUUCCCGGAUUGGAGGGACUUCGCGCGAGCCAGCUUUUCUUCAUAAGCGCCGCCCAGACCUACUGUUCCAAUAUGACUGCCGAGGCCUACAUUCUUUCCGUUGAGCUCGAUUACCACACACCGCAGCCCGAAAGAGUCAACGGUAUAAUGAUGAACUCCCAAGCGUUCGCGGACGCGUUCCGUUGCCCCCUCGGAACGAAAAUGAACCCCCCCAACAAGUGCACCACCUGGUGAUGACGGUCAGGCUUGGACGAUCGUUCGCCGGCAGCGUAAGGUUUCGUCUCUUUGAUAAAAAAAAAAAAACUCGAUCAUUGGAAUAUGGCGAUCAUUGGACGUGACGGAAGGAACAGCGGAGAAAAGAAAAAGCGGCGAGGGCUUGAUUGUUUUUUUCAACAAUUGUCGAGCGAUCUUGCGUCGGAGAGAAUCGAUUCGGAGAUUCGAUUCGAAAAAUUGGACGGAUCGAAGAGAGCGAUCGCUCGAUUCGCCAAGGACGCGGAGGAUCGAUCGAUGGACGACAAGCUUGUUACAGCGUUUUCAGAGUUUUCUAAGGAACCGGCGGUGGAGGAGGAUCUCCAAUCCUUCCCUCUCGGUUCGAACGCGCCAUUAACGUUAAUAUCUCUCCUUACGACGCUUUAGAGGAUUUUAGAGAUUUAUUAUUAUAGCGAAAGCAAUAAAUUGUUAAACGAACGAGAGAGAGAGAGAGAGAGACAGAAUAUGUGUGCGUGCGUGCGCGUGUGUGCGUGUCUGUGUGUGACGAAAACAAAAAAAAAAAAAGAAACAAAAACAGGCGAGUGAACGAGAGAGAAGAUAAAUUUAUCAAAGCGUUCUCGAUUUUGCAACAACGAUCGGUGGUGGCAUUAGAGAACGAUGAUAUAAUCAUUCGUCCAUUAGUCGGGACGAGUAUUGCACCAGAUAGACCAGAUAAAAAGAAAAAAAAAGUAUACGAUCGUACAUUUGGUAUUUGAUCGACACGAGGGUCGAUCACGUUAGACGAUCGAUCACGGUUUAUUAUAAUCUCCACGCCUUCGCCUAUCCGAGCAGAAAUCGUAGAAAUCGUUCGAUCGAACGAUCUCGUUCACGACACACCUCGUACGAGCGUAUACGAUCGUACGGAAUCUCGAGAGGAGUCGAGCAAAGGAGACGAGGCGGAUUGGCGAAAAAUCGUCCACGAGUCGCGGAUUCGUUUAGUUUCUCGCGCGUUGUCUUCGCCUCUUGUCUUAGCUCUAAAAGUUAAAAAGUUUGUAAAUAAGUCGUGCCUCCCACCCCUGAUCUUUUUCGGUUUAGUUUAGUUGAUUAGAGGAGCGGCGUAAUGAAGUAAAAAUCGUCGAGUUGAAGAAAAUUAGGAGGAGAAAAAAGGAAGAAAAGAAAACUCGUCGAUCGACACGAUCAAACUUUCGGAUAGAUCCACGUUAACGCUGAGAAGGGCUUUAGAGAGAUAACCAGGCUGGUUAGAGCGCGCUUUCUAUCUUCACCCGUGUAUUUCGCUCGGUUCUAUCUUCGUACUCUUCGGAAAUUUCACAAAUUUCGAUUGACGCUUCGCUUUUAUUCGUGACACCGUUUCGCUCGGUUCUCGAUGGAGAGAGAGAGAGAGAGAGAGAGAGAGAGA